AUGGCAAAUGUUGCAGCUGUGAACUAUCCUAUAAGGACGAUGAAGUCGAUGGUUCUCGAUGGAUACGAGGCACACGUAUACUGUAAUGGCGCACGACUCCCCGAAUUCGUUGUGACCGGAGUCGGCAACGACAAGAUGGCGUGCUAUAUACCCAGCGAGGCGGGCAAGGAAUUCUCCCUACGCGUCACGGACAGGUUGCGCAGCAGUAGACGCAAAAAGCUUUACGUAGGGCUCUACGCUCACAAGCAGUUCUUAACGGGUAGAUAUCUUGACAGAGGUGGCUCCAUUGAGAUUGAUCGAGUCAUCUCUGGUGAUUCGCAUCGCAAGCUCAUGUUUGACGCUGUGAAAACCGCGGAGGAGAGACCCGAUAUGAUCAAUGCGAGUGUUGAUGUCGACUCGCUGAACAUCAUCGAAGUGAAGAUAUGGUCUCUAGAGCGUCAAUUGGUACCGCCUGCCGAACCCCUCAAGAAUAAACGGUCACCGAAGAAAUCCGCUCAUUCCGCCAAGCGUAACGCUGAGCAUGGGUGGGGUAAUCGGCCAGAGGAGGCCGUAGAGUUUGUUGGGGAAGUUAAUGAAACGUGCAAGGUGCAGGGCUUGAAUACUGUGAGUCUUGGGCCCGAGAUUGCAGGUACCAGAUCAAAAGCGCCACUCGUCGGCCUUAUUUCGCGAAGCGAGGAAGAGCAGGAUGAGGAGGAUGCAGAUGAGGAGGAAUUGGCUGAAGACUUCGACGCAGAUCACACUUCAGACGACGAUUACCAACCUCCAAAGCCGGCAAAAGCCACAUGGCAAUACUGUUUCGUGGAGCCUGAGGACAAACCCAGAGCGCAUCUCAUAUUCAGGCAUCAUCCCAAAGAGUUUCUACAGGCCAUGCAUUGGAUGCCGCGAAGUCGCCCUUCGACCCCUGCUGUGACUGAAGGAAACUCAACCCCUACAGCAGCGGACAACGGUCAAGCAUCUACAUCGUCGAGUGUCGAGGAACAUACGUCAGUCGAGCAAUCCCGUUCCGUGCCCGAAGGUCUGGAGCCACCUCCGGCAACCAUCCGACAGCCUCCGCCUGAGGAUGCUCCGAUCACGCCUUCGUCUACGCCGGCUCAGGAUGACUCUUUGCAGAUUCCCACAUCCCCAUCAGUGCCACCAACUAUGCAAACUCGCGCGAGCACGGCGGGAGUGGCACAACCAGAGGCCGAAAUGCCACCAUCAUCGACGUCGUCGGCCAUCUCCAAUGCAGUGGGGUCUGCCUCCUCCACUGAGCUCGCCACCUCACCGGUGAUAGAAGAGGAGGACGUCAAACCCGACAUCAAACCGAAUGUCGCUGAUCUAGAAGUUAUAGCGGACGUCGAUGCAUUAGAUGACUUGGAGAGAAAACGCCUGGAGCUGGAGCUCAAGAAAGUUGAAUUGGAGUUGAAGUUGAACCGAAUCGCGCAAGGAACUAAACGUCGCCGGAUCGAGUCGGCUAUCACGGAGAGAAGAGUCAAGGUGCGCGUGGGCUCCCCGGAGAUGAUGGACCUCACUCUUGACGAAUCGGACUAA